AUGGCAGCUCCCAUAGAAAGGCUGUUAGGUGAUUACGGUGGAGCGAAUGCACCAGCUGGCCGGAUGACAAUUGUGAAUCAACCGGUGGAUGUUGCUCACUUUCAGUUACAUCCAGCAACAAUUAGACAGCUGGAAAAGAAACCCUUUUCGGGAAGGAUAAAUGAAGAUGCUAAUAAGCAUUUACAAAGGUUUCUCACCAUGACAACUUCUCUAAAGAUAGAAGGACACUCUGAAGAAGCAAAGAAUGUUAGCCAACCUGAAGGAUUAGUGGAUAUGAAAUUGUCAACGCAAGUUGUAAAAAUUGAAGAUCAGGUAGCUGCGGAAGUUGAGCGGAGAUUGAAACAGAUGGGUCUUGAAAAGCAAACAGUUGCACAAGUUCAACCGGCUCAAGCGAGUCAACCGAUAGCACAGCAGCUAGCAAACACUCAACAGCCGGGCGCUUUACCAAGUGCUACAGUUACCAAUCCUAAAGAUCAUAACAAUGUGAGCGCUAUUGUCACUAGGAGCGGUAAAGGGAAAGGUGUAGUUGAAAAUAAUGACGAGGAAGAGGAACCAUUGCUGGAGGUAGACUUGGAGAUAAGAGAAAAUGAGGUAGAAGCUGAGGAAGUGGUGGUGAUGAAACCAACACCAAAAGAGAAGGUGGUUGAACAAAAACAAAAGCCGGCAGUAAAACUUCCUUUUCCGAUAAGGAACAAGAAAAAAGAGCAACACGAGAAAAAUUUUGAAAAGUUCUUGGAGAUGUUCAAGAAGUUGGAGAUUAAUAUUCCAUUCUUGGAGGCAUUAGAACAAAUGCCUACUUAUGCAAAAUUCAUGAAGGACAUCAUCGCCAAGAAAAGAACCAUUGAUCGUGACCCUAUUAUUCUAACCGAAACGUGUAGUGCUAUCUUGCAGGGCAUGAAGAUUCCGGUGAAGAAGAAAGAUCGGGGUUCCGUGACUAUUCCUUGUACAAUUGGGGAUAGGUCAUUCAAGAAAGCUCUAAUUGAUUUGGGAGCAAGUGUGAGCCUUAUGCCGUUAUCGAUCUACAAGAGAUUGGGGAUAGGUAACGUACAAGAUACAAGAAUGACACUCCAGUUUGCUGACCACUCAGUUAAAAGACCGUAUGGGAUAGUAGAAGAUGUGCUUGUGAAAAUCGACAAAUUCGUGUUCCCAGUGGAUUUUGUGAUUCUAGAGAUGCCGGAAGAUGAGGAGAUCCCUAUCAUUUUAGGAAGGCCAUUUCUAGAGACGGGGCGAUGUUUGAUAGACAUUGAAGAAGGCACAAUGACUCUGAAAGUUUAUGAUGAAGAGCUAAAGAUUGAUGUGCGCAACACCAUGAAGUACAAGGAUGAUAUAGCGACCAGUCAACAUAUUGAGGUGAUUGAUCAAAUCUGUACUAAUGAGAAUUCUUUGAAAAUACAACAAUUACCACUGGAAAGAGUUUUGAGCUCGUCUGUUUGUGAGAAAGAGGAAGUUGUUGAUGAAAAGGAAGUGGAAGUAGUGGCUAUGAUGGAGGCUAGUCCCAUAUUCAAAGGUUCUAGACAAAACCGGUGGGAGGAUCUUAGACAACCUUUGGUGGAAGGAAAGAAGGAGGAACCUCAGAAAGGGGCUGAAUUAAAACAACUCCUGGAGAAUUUAAAAUAUGUUUUCCUUGAUGCUGAAAGUAGGUGUCCGGCCAUCAUAAACUCACACCUUGAAAGGCUGCAGGAACUUAAGCUAGUAGAAGUGUUAAAGAAACAUAAAAGUGCGAUGGGGUGGUCUAUUGAAGAUUUAAAAGGGAUCAGUCCUACUAUGUGCAUGCACAAAAUCCUCAUGGAAGAUGAUCACAAACCAGUGGUCCAACCUCAGAGGCGUCUGAACCCAGACAUGAAAGAAGUUGUGAGAAAAGAAGUUGUGAAACUUUUAGAUGCUGGGAUGAUUUACCCGAUAUCUGAUAGCGCUUGGGUGAGCCUGGUUCAUGUUGUGCCCAAGAAGGGAGGGACAACUGUAAUAAAAAAUGAGAAGAAUGAGUUGAUUCCUACAAGGAUUAUUACAGAAAGAUGUCAACUAACCAAUUUGAUCUUGAAUUGGGAAAAGUGCCAUUUUAUGGUCCGUGAAGGAAUAGUUCUUGGACACAAGAUUUCCUACAAAGGAAUCGAAGUGGACCAAGCGAAGGUUGAUGUCAUCUCAAAGCUCCCACCUCCGAUGAACGAAAAAGGUAUCAGAAGUUUCUUAGGACAUGCGGGGUUCUACCGUAGGUUCAUAAGAGACUUUUCAAAAAUUGCGAAACCCUUAACUACUCUUUUGGUUAAGGAUAAAAAUUUCACUUUUGAUGACCAAUGUGCGGUAGCUUUUGAGACAAUUAAGAAGAAAUUAGUCUCGGCACCCAUUGUUGUGGCCCCUGAUUGGUCUCUUCCUUUUGAGAUCAUGUGUGACGCGAGUGAUAUUGCUGUAGGGGCAGUAUUAGGACAGCGGAGAGAGAAAUUACUUCAUGUUAUCUAUUAUGCUAGUCAUGUUUUGAACCACGCACAGAUUAAUUAUGCGACUACCGAGAAGGAGUUGCUAGCUGAGUUUGAUGUUGAAAUUCGAGACAAGAAGGGGUGUGAAAACACCGUAGCUGACCACUUAUCUCGAAUGACACCAAUAGACGAAACAGAAGAAAAGCGACCGAUCAAGGAUGAGUUCACCGAUGAACACAUCCUAGCAGUGACUGGUGUACCUUGGUUCGCAGAUUAUGCAAACUAUAUUGUCGGUGGUAUCAUUCCCGACGAUUUUGACUCUAAUCGAAGAAAAAAGUUUGUUCAUGACUGCAGGUUCUAUUUAUGGGACGAUCCGUUCCUGUAUAAAAGAGGAGUUGAUGGGUUGAUCAGAAGAUGUCUACCUGAAAAAGAGCAAGAAGAAGUGUUGAAGGCAUGUCAUGCUUCAGAUUAUGGGGGACAUUUUAGUGGUGAUCGAACAGUAGCUAAGAUUUUGCAAUCAGGGCUAUACUGGCCAACAAUAUUCAAGGAUGCUCAAGAGUUUGUGAGACAUUGUGACAAGUGCCAAAGGACAGCUGUGGAUUAUGUGUCCAAAUGGGUUGAGGCUGUUGCUCUACCUUCGAACGAUGCGAAGGUAGUUGUGAAAUUUUUAAAAGAAAAUAUCUUUGCUAGAUUUGGAGUACCGAGAGCUCUAAUAAGUGAUGAAGGAACACAUUUCCUGAAUCAUCUCAUGGAACGGUUACUCCAAAAAUACAACGUGAAACAUAAGAUAGCCACAGCUUAUCAUCCUCAAACUAGUGGGCAGGUCGAAGUUUCCAACAGACAACUUAAACAGAUUCUGGAAAAGACAGUGAGUGCCUCUCGGAAGGAUUGGGCUAUCAAGCUGGAUGAUGCAUUGUGGGCAUACAGGACCGCUUUCAAAACACCAAUUGGUAUGUCACCAUAUCAACUUGUGUAUGGGAUAGCAUGCCAUUUGCCUUUGGAGUUAGAACAUAAGGCGUUCUGGGCAUCAAAGGUUCUCAAUAUGGAUCUAUCUAAAGCGGCAAGUUCUAGACUUCUUCAACUCCAUGAGUUAGAAGAAUUCUGCAACCAAGCUUAUGAAAACGCUAAGAUCUACAAAGAGAAAACAAAAAGGUGGCAUGAUGGGAAGAUCCAGCAUAAGGAGUUCUGGGAAGGACAACUAGUUCUCUUAUACAAUUCAAGGCUAAGACUCUUCCCAGGAAAGUUGAAAUCAAAGUGGUCGGGACCGUUUAUGGUUCACAAAGUUUUUCCUCAUGGAGCUAUCGAGAUAAAAAAUCAAGCGAAUGGGGAUAUUUUCAAGGUUGCAAGGAUGCCUCCACGGAAAGCUGUGCCAAGAAGAGACACUGCGGGGACAUCUAGACCCGCCCAAAGAGCCCGUAGAGAGGGGAACCAUCAUGGAAUAACUUUCCGAAAGGACACUCAAAGAGAGAAGUACAAUGCUCUUCUUCGUAGGAAGAUUUUGCCGACAAGGUAUGUUUGCGACACCACUACUGAAAGUUUAGGCAUAAGAACUGAGAUCCAUCGUAUGUUCCAUGCUUUGGGUUUAUUAAGAUUGAUGCAGUUUGAGGCUCCUACUUUUGAACGAUUAACAUAUGAAUUUCUGAGCACUCUUGAAUUUGAGAUGAAAUUGAGAACGAACAGGUUAGAGCCCGAGCAUUACGGGACGCUUAAAUUUCGUAUGUUUGACAUUGAUCACGAAUUGAGCCUGGAGGAGUUUGGGCAGGCACUGAGAGUACCAAGUUCAGGUGCGGGGCGAGCACCGAACUCUUUUAACCCCGAAACAUUUUGGAUAGCUAUAACAGGUAGAGAGUCUUAUUGUCCUAAAGGGACAAAAGCAACAAGCAUCCAAAACCCGUGCUUCCGCUAUGCCCAGAAGGCUCUGGCAUACACGCUCUUUGGUAGAGGAGAUAGCCCGGGUGUAGCUUCCAUUCGGGAGUAA